AUGUCCUGUUUAAGGAUUUUUCAUGCGCCUUUGCAAAAUCGUCUGAAAACGAUGCCACUCUGUUGGGGAUAUAUUGAAGAGAGAACUCGAAUGAAAAUGAGAAUGAAAAUUAUCUCAGAGAGAAAAAUUUCGAUUUCUGAUCACGUGACAUCAAAAAGAGCUUUUCCGGGAGAGCGACGCAAAGUGGUCAAAAUAGAAGGAAAUAAUGAAAAUUUAUUGUCAGCACAUGGAAAAGCACAUGAUAAACACAAUAUAAUGGCAUCGAACGACACUCACAAUCCAUUGGACGAAGGAUUGCAAGAUUUGGGACUUCCAGUUCCUGUUCAAACAUUUCUAUGGCGUCAAAUUGCACCUUUCAUUCGUCCAAGACUUGGAAAGCUACAUGAAGCAAGUUGCAUGUUUUGUCAACAACAUAUGCAAGGACAUCAUGAAUUAAAAGAAGCAUGCAAAUCAUUUGAGAAAGUUCUUGUUCAAAACAUCCACUUUGGACUUUCGCCAUCGCUUACUUCAGCGCUUCAAUCAAUUCCACGUUGGCGUCUCGUACAAGCAGCAUUACCACACGUUAUGCAUUGUGCUGCAGCAUUACUCACGAAUCGUGUUAAAGAUUUACAAAAUUUAGGAGCGGCUGAAACAAAACUUCUUUACACACUUCAUUGGAUUUUGUUGUUUGCAGCUGAAGAAUGUGCUGACGGUGAAGAUGUUAAGAAAGAAAUGAUGAAUCCUUACGAUUAUUUGUUCUCCAUUCCAACAAUAUCGUUAUUUGUCUACCUUUUUGCACCCAUUGCACACCAUUUAAAAGAAUCGGAUUUCCAAAAUUUCCGAUUAGAAAAUGGAAUAAAAUUAUGGCAAGGAAUGUGGGAAUAUCGCUCACCGAAUGUUCAAUGUUUCUUAGCACCAGUCAAGCCACGAGCACGUCAAAUGGUUAAUUCUGGCAGCACACCUCAAUCAGGAGAAAUCUUUUCCAGUAAAAGUGUUAUGGAACAACAUCACGAAUCUCCUACAAACACGUCAAUAUUUUCUGAAACCCCUAAACAUGAUGAUGAAAUUUCACUUUGUAUCGCGUCGCCUAAGGAGCCAGUUUUUCCUGAAACUAUUCCAGAAGAAGCUUCAAGUAUUGAAGAGGAACACGUUCUUCUCUUCCGACUACCACAAGGCCCAGAUCCAAUUUUCUAUACAGCUGAUACGAGUUUAUUGCAUCAUUCACAUCACCAGACACCGUCAAGUCGACGAAGUAGUAAAAGUUCUAUGCAUUCAAAGGAUAGAUUCCAUGAUCGUGUCACAACAAAAUUCGACUUUGAUAAAAUUGAAGCUUUUGAAAGAAAGCACGAUGACAGUCAAAAACCUAAAGGAAGUUCAUCAACUGAAAGAGAAUCUGUUGAAACUGAUCCUAAAUCACCGCAAUACCAGAAAGGCGAUCAGAAAGGUUUUUCUCGACAAAGCCAUUACGAUAUUGCUGCAGCAACUUUCCUUGAUGUUGCUGUUCUUCGUUGUCUUUUCGUUUCACAUUGGCAAGAAGAAGGAGUUUAUUGGAGUUUACAUUAUUUAUACAACCGCUUAAGAGACAUCAGUGAAGAAAGUAUAAUGCCACCAUCACAACCUCGACGACGAUCAAAUUCUCUUCCAAUCCCACAAAUUGAAAUCUCUUUGUAUCAAGGAUCUGGAAAUAGUCGUGAUAGUCCCAGUAAUAGUUCGUUGACUGCCAAAGAUUGCAUAGAAAUUCCUGAACAAGCAACACCAGUUGUCAAUGAUCCUCCUGUUCACAUACAAAAGCCAUUGGAAAAGGAAGAGACUAAUUCAACUAAUGGAGGAAGACGACCAAGUGAUAGAAAGAAACGAGUGAAAAUGGCUGAUUUAAGAACUUUAAUUGAAACGAAAAUCUUGUCAAAAUCAGAUCGUGGCUUAGAGAAGAUUGGAAAUGAAUCGAAUGGAGGGAAUGGAAAACGACUUCAACACGCUUUAUCUUUUAUCGUCCAGGAUAUUCAUCGAAGUCUCGACACGGGCGAGGAUCAUUUAUCAAGAUCAACAUCCAAUCUCAAUCGUGAUGAAUCAUCAAACCUUGUAAAAGGAAAAUCAAUGCCAUCAUUGAGCUGUCUACUUGAUAGUGGAUAUUAUCGACUUGUGGAUCCACCAAAGCUUAAUAGAAGCAACCAAUCAACUGGGCCUAAAGAUCAUCGAUCGUCAAUUAUUCCACGUAAUCCUAUCAUCACAGUGACUGAACACACGCCUACACCAUCACCAGAUUUCAUGCGACGGCAGGUUGGUUCAAUCGACUCACAACUUGAUGCGAUAAGCGUUAAUGGAAGCACAAAUGGAGUUUUCAAAUCACAAUUGCUUCGAUCACAAACUGACUCGCACAUUGUUUACGCAGGUUUGGAUGAACAAGAAGUUCCAGGAUCAUCAUUUUACAUAACUAAAGAUGGAGGAAUUGACUACGAAAUUGUUUUGCUGGCAAUUUAUAACAUUUUGAAGAGAGAAACAAACAUCACGUCUUUGAGAAUUCUCGAAACUGGUUUGAAUAUUUGUGAAUUGUUGAUUGAUUUUGGAGUGUUGAGAUUUGGUGAACACGCACAUAAUUUAACGAUUGGCAUUCUCAAACGUGCAAUGUUACAUCUUGGAUGUCCUCAUGGAUGUAAUGACGGAGUUCGAACAGCUCAAGCAGAGUUUCUUCGUCUUCAAUAUCAUAAAAGACCAACUGGUAUAAAAUCGUUGAUUCCCGAUAUUGGCGCUACUAAUAAAACAGCUGGUGGACAAGGAUACGCAACCAAUUUCGGAUCGGGAUUAACCGGAAACGCUGAAAGUCAAGUUAUUGCUGCUAUCUUCAAGUCAAUUGUUUCUCGUUUUGUGGACAUUCAAAAAGAGUUGAAAAGUCCAGAAAAUAUGAGUUUGUAUUGCGAUGUCCGUCAAUUGAUAACUUACAUUAAAGGUGCACAUGGUGGGCCAUUUAGACGAGUUGUUUUAAGCGGAAUUUUAGCAGUCACUCCAAGACCACAUAAAAAAGCACCACAAUUGCAAACAACGAGAGUUAUAAGACACAUUCCAUUCACUGGAGAAAUUCAAACAAUUGCAACAAAUCUUCCACCAGAUGAAAAAGUAGCACGAAAAUUGUAUUUCAAAAAGCGAAGCACUUCAUCAACUUGCGCUAGUCUCUUGGAAACAGAAGGAACUGAAGAACAAUUUAGACACAGUCAAAGUCCAUUGACAAACAUGCGACGAAAGAUUAUACAAAGACCGACUUUAACACCACGUCAGAGUGAACGAGCACUUCUCUCUGAUUCAACAUCAAGUUCUGAAAGGAAUUCUGUGGGAAGAUUAAGUGGACUUGCUCGAUGGUUUCGAAGCUCAAAAGAUCGUUCAGUUGAUCUUGAAGCUGGUUCUGAAAUGGCUGCUUACAUGCGAAAGAGUUCAUUAAGUUCUCAGCGUGGGCGAGGAUCUGAAGGGAUUGGAAGAUCAUUCCAACGUGCAAGAAGACGUGUUGAACGACGACUUAAUCGCUUUGGGUUGGGAAAAGGCAAAAAGAAAGUUCGUGGAAUUGAAGAAGUUUCUGGAAGUUAUUUCAGUCAUCGAAGUUCCAUUGAUUUGGGUGACGGUCCACGUGAAUCUGAAGUUGUUGUGCUUAAAGAACGUCGAUUGAUUCCAACUGAACCAGUGCGAGAAGGCAUGUUGAGGUUCUCUUUCCUUCUGGAGACUUGUGCUCCAGGUUCAGUUCCAGAUUCACAGCUUAUCGGCGCCAUUCUUGAUCUACCGCAAGCUCCACUAAUCACACGAGCCACAUUUCUUCUUGAAUGUGCACAUUUCGUUCAUUUAUGUAACCGCGGUGCAUGGCCAAAUUGGAUGAAACAAAACUUAACAUCUUUCAGACCGUCAGGUCCAAUGAAUACGCGAGCGAGCAUGUCAACAAAUGUCAGAAGAAUUCACAUGCUUCAACGAUCAGCUGGUAAAAUGUUUUAUCAAUGGGCUGAAUCCAUCGGCGUGCGACUUGAAGAGAUGAUUAAAAAUGAAAAAGCUUCAUAUGAUCACAUUGCAUCAUCAAUGAAUGAUGCUGAUAAACAAAAGAAUCUCGUACUUCAAGAUGAAGAAGAAGACUUCCUUGAUGAAUUGAGUGUAAAUGUUCAUGGCAAUGAUUGUCCACCAGCAUUGAAACUUGUCGCUAUUGUAGUCUUACUUGAAAUCACAGCAUUUUUAAGAGAAACUUAUCAGACAAUUCCGAAAUCUUCUCGAAUAUCUACAAAAGAAAAGCACGUGAUUAAUCCAUGGGAACAUCAUCAAGCAUACAAAGAAGCAAAUCGUCGAUGGUCGAUGGCUUUAAGUUCAAUGGGACACUCUCAAACAUCAGCACAAAGUUUGCAAUCGAUUGCCGGUGAAGGCGGUGAAAGGAAAAUUUCUUUUGUUCUUCAUGAACCUGACAAUGAAUCUGAAGGAAGUAGCAACACAACAUUGACGUUGCAAGGAGAAGAAACAGCAGCUGUUACUACAGCCAGCAUUCAACAACGUCGACCAGUUGCUACUGUCAGACCUUUUCUACUUCGUCGUGGCACUGCAACAAAUCCAACUGGUGGAUCAUUCAAACGAAGAUCUUUAAAACUUCGACGAAACACUAAAGAAGCAAAAGAAAUUGAACAAGAUUAUUCGGUCAAACGAGUAGAUUCGAUCCAAUCGCGUAGAAAAGUUUCUUCUUUAUCUGAUCGCAGUGAUAAUUCAGAACAAGGAGCUGCAAGUGGUGGUGAAGAAGAGUCGCCAGGAGUUUUAAGUGAUGAUCAACCACCUGAUUCACCAAAUGAUUCAAAUGAUUCUGAUGAAACGUCAAAGAACUUUCCAUGGAUGCGUGCAGUUACAUCAAUCAUAAAUUCAUUCAACUUUUAUUGCACUCAUCAGAAUGUAUGUCAUCCAUAUUGUUAUAAACGUCAUACACGCGCAGCUUCUCGUUUAAUGAAAUCUGUUCGAAAGAUUUAUGGAGAAGAAUUUGGAUUAGUUCCGUCAAGCUUCCUUCAACCAGAAGGAGGAAAAUCUGGUGGUCGAAGAGAGAAAAGUCGCGCUGGUCGAAAAAUAUCUGAUCAAAGUUCUUCACACACGUCACCUUCACGACGAAAAGACAGCACUGGCCGUCGUGAUAGAAUAAUUCAUGAUGAUUCAGAACAAACUUCAUCACAAUACUCACAAAAAAUGGAAGAAAAGAAAGAAAUCAAAGAAAAUUCUUUAAUAUUAAAAUACAUAAAAAAUCAUGUUCGUGAUUUAUUUCACGUUCCUUUUUCAACACUAGUGAAAGGUGCUGCAAUUUUAACAGAAGAUCAAUUUAUUGACAUUCUUCCAGCAUCAUGGGAACUUUUGUUGGAUACAAAUCAAGAAACAGCAGCGUCAGCAGCUUCUUUCUUCAUAUUGUCAUCAGUUAAAGCACCAACACAAGCAUCUGAAAUAAUGCAACGUGCUUUAAAGCACAAAGAUCCGAAUGUAAGGAUUGGAGCAAUUCUUCGUUUUCAAGUUUUAUGGAAAAGUCGUUUUCAAGUUUGGCCGAGAAUGGAAGAAGGCGCUCAUGUUACGUUUAGAAUUCCAUCGCCUGGAAUUGAGUUUACACUGCCAUCUCCAAAGAUUGGAAUCGAAUGUUUGCCUGUUGUUGAUCCACCAUGGACACCACGACAACAAAACAAAGACAUGGAUGUGACUCUGAAUCAAGAGAGACAUCGACAUUUUGUCACUGCAACAAAAACGCGAAAGAAGCAACAAACUGACGCUAUUCGACAUGCUUUGCAACAGCAAGAUGAGAAACAACGACAAGAACGUCAUUGCUUUCUUAUUACAACAAAUCCAAUCACACAACAAGCUGCACAUGAGAGUCACGCUGCUGGUGAAGAUCAUGAAUUAGAGGAAGAGGAAGGCGCACGAGCUGUUCAUUUACAUGCAGCUCACUCACUUUUCCCAUCAGUGCUUUGCGCUGCAGCGAUGCAAAUUAUUGGCUCUUUAGAUGAUUGUGCAGUUGGUGGUGAUGGUUCUGCUGUUUAUGAAGUCGCAUAUCAAGUUAUUUGGGUAUGCUUAGUAGAAGAUUCAGCAUUGUUUCUACGUUAUGUAUUGGAAAGAUUGACUCGUGAAAAGCAAGAUCAAAUGUUUAAAGUUCUUCGACAUUUGAUUCGUUUCGUUCCACGUUUACCACAGCAAGCAGCUUUUGCUCUUUAUAAUCACAUUAUUGGAUACAUUAUGUUUUAUGUUCGAACAACUCAUGAAUGCAGUCAACAACUUGUUGGAUCAGCUUUGUCUAUUUUAUGGAUGGUUGUACAUUCAGUUCAUGGAAUAAUGUUUAAAGAUUUAAAACAAAUAUUGAGAAAAGAACAAUGCGAUGCAUCAGUGCUUUUGACUGCUAAUGUUCCCUCAGCAAAGAAAAUAAUUGUACAUGGUCCUGAUGAAAAGGAUGAAGGAUCUAUUCCAAGUCAAUUUCCCAUUUUGGAGGACACCCAAUUUCUUAUGUUACAAAGGGAAAGUUUGGAUUUCUUUGGAAUUGAUGAAAAGAACUACAAAAACUAUUUUCUUGUUGAUUACAAAACUCAUCAAAUAUUGAACUCAAAUUGGUUCGUUCGUGAUUUGUAUUUCUUCAAAAGAUCUCAAUAUCCGCAACUUCGUCUUGUUGAGAUGAAAACUGACGAGGCAUUCAUUGCGCUUCAAAGACAAGAACUAAUUAAGAAGUUUGUUGAAAUUGGAAAGGUUCAUUUGACAUGGGCGAUUUUAAAGAAUGUUGAUAUGGUUGUGCAACGAGUUGUCUUCUUGCAUGAAGAGUUAAUGAAGUUGCCAUCAUUCCCUCGAAAAGCUCUUGAAACUGACCUCGACUUGUAUAUGGGAGGUGAACUUGGAAAGGAAUUAAUGGGAUUAGAUGUACUUCACAAAUUUAUGUGGGUUCGAUUAAUUGCAAGAAUGUUUGAAGCCAUGGCUGGAAAUUUUGCAUAUUCAGCUGACAUUCAACUUUUCUUAAAUGUUUUAUCCGGUGCCGCUAUUCUGCAUUCAGAAGAUUGUUGCAUCAUGCGUUACGUUAUGGCAACUUUCAUCAAUGGAGCUUUCAAUUUUAGAAAUAUUUUCUCAACAAAUGGAUAUUUCAUGAUCAUGCCGACGCUUCUUCAAAUUUAUUCAUUGCAUCAAACAAAUAAAUUAAUUACAACAACGAUUGAAUAUGCUGUAAAGCAAUUCUAUUUGAUGAAUCGAAAGCCUUUUAUUUUGCAAAUGUUUGGAUCAGUGUCUGCAAUUCUUGAUACAGACGAAGAUGGAGCUUAUGGUGAAGCCACGAAAGUUCAAUCAAGUUGUCUCUUCAAUCUUCUAUUGAGUCUUGAAACUCCAUCUGAAGAUGGAGCUUAUGGUGAAGCCACGAAAGUUCAAUCAAGUUGUCUCUUCAAUCUUCUAUUGAGUCUUGAAACUCCAUCGCCAGAUCCAUUAAAUAUUGCAGAGCUUGUAAAGGAACCGAAACCAUUAAAAGCGAUCGACUUUUGUUAUCACGAUGAAGAUGAAAUGGUGACAGUGCUCGAUUGCAUAACUUUAUGUGUUAUGACAGUUUCGUAUUCAGCUGAAAGUACUCGCGGUUAUCAAAUGCUGAUCAUUCUUGAAGCUAUUUUGCCAUGCUACAUGCAACAAAUCCAAUCACCAAGUUACAUCCCACUUGAAGGGAAAAGUGAGCGUGACAUCAUUUUACAACUUGCCAUAACUAUCAGGACGAUGGUUCAUAAUUGUGAAGGUUUAUCAAAGAGUUAUAACGGUCCAUAUCGUAAUAGUCCCGAACAUAAAGGAUCCAGUCAACGUAAUCAAUGUUCACGAGGUCCACCGCCAUCACCAGGAUUUGAUUUUGAAGAUGAAUCGCAUUCGAAAUAUGUCAGCGAUGUUGGUCGAGCGAAAAACUUACCAGAAAUUCCUGAAGAUUCCGAACUCGUUCGAACUGAAUACAGACGUGCUCGAGAUGUUCUACUGUCACUUGUUGGUGAAUUUCUUAAUCGUGCAACGACAAGACUUCAAGAAUUAGCGAGAAAACCAGGAGCGGAUUCAAAAUAUGUUGAACUUCUCGACGUCAAAUGUCAUAUUCGGCUUGCUGACAUUGCACAUUCAUUACUCAAAGUGUCGCCAUAUGAUCCUGACUCAAUGGCAUGUCGUGGAUUGCAACGCUACAUGACUUUCAUUUUACCACGUGCUGAGUGGGGCGAAGAGAAAAUGAAAACUGCUUUAGUGACGAUUUUAAGACGAUUGGAUAAAGUUUUCUUGAAAAUCUCGAAGAAGUCUUCGAUUCGUCGAAAUACUGACUGGGAAGCUGCAGCAGGUCUUUUGAAAGGAAUACAUGAAACUGUCGUUCGUUGCCCUUACGUUCUUCAUUGGCAACAAAUGCGUUCAUUGAUGUCAACUGUUCAAAAUUUGAUUGUCAAUGAAGCAAUUAAUGAAAAUGUUUCCAGUGCAAGUGCAGCUUUGAUGAAUCAAAGUCCACCAGCUUUCUUCUGUUCGACAGUUGUUCGAUUAAUUGCAUUACAAGUUGUAAGUCCGGUUGACUGUUUCAGCUUAGAACAAGUUUGUGGUGGAACUGCAGAAUUUCCAACGCAAGAAAAAGCUGAAGGUUUCUUGAUGCAUCUUCUCAUGCCUUUGUGCUUGAAAAUAUGUUCGGGACGUGGCGUCUCAGAUGUUGCGUUCCUGGCAUUGAAAGUUCUUUGCGUUUGUUUUGAGACGAGAUUAGCAAAUGAAUGGCCGAAAAUUGCAAGAAUUAUGAGAGAUUUGGGAAGACGAAAUGAAGCAGCACCAGAACUUUGGAGUUUCCUUGAAUUCGCUGUCACACAUCGAACACCACUUUACAUUGUUUUAAUGCCUUUCAUUUUACACAAAAUUGCACAACCGCCAAUUGGUGAUCAUGAACGUCACAUGCAAUUUCUUAUUCGUGAAAGAUUGCGUGGCUUAGCACCUCCAGGUGGGAUUAAGUCACGUGGAUGUUUAUUACUUGAGCUUGCUAGAGAACUUAAAGAUCUUCGUGAUGAAAUGGAAGAACGUAAAGCUGAUAGAGACAACACAGGAAGUAAUGAACAACAAAAGAAAGACACGUCAACAGUUGUGAUUCAACAGUCAGAAGCACCAAAACAGCAGCAACGACCAUCAUUAAUUUCUAUUUUCACAGGUUCAGGUGCACAGCAUCCAUCUCAGCCACAACAUGAUUCUAGAAGCGGCACAGGUGUUCAUACACCAAGUGACACUUUUUCACAACAAACUUUGCAUCCACCUCGUGAAUCGAACUCGAGCUCAUCGACAACAACAAAUAAAGAGCCGGGAGUUGUUAGCGAUGGUCACAGUUGUGAUGGCACCACUCCAACACCACCAACAAAUCCCACAAUUAUAUCAAGAGCUUCAAGUAUUCGACGAACAACUCGAUAUGAUCAUCAAAAUAUGUCAGGAAGUGUUCCGCAUUUACCGCAUUCAAUGUCGAUUCAACAUGGCAUGAAAAUUCAACCACCAAAACUUCGAUUUGUAUCAUCAGUUGAAUUUAGAGAUUCCGCUGGUGAAACUUCGACCACACCUUUGUCACCUGACAGUCCAGCUGAAGAUAGUUCCGGUGAGAAUCAAAAGCAUCGUUUGCAAAGAUCAAAAGGACAAUCAAGAAAGACAUUCAGAUACAAACGAGGUCGAUUAAAUGCUGGCGAAGGUUCAGCACUUGGAACACCACAAUCAGCCCCACCAAUCCAGCCUCAAAUGCAACAACAAAUAACACAACCUCCAGCUUCAACUGUUCAACAACAUUCUCAUUUUAAUAUUCCACCAAUUGACACUGACAAUGGAAGACCAAACACUGACAUUUCUUGGGAUUCUGUUUCCCAAACAUCAUCAACUUCCGGUUACAGAGACAAUUACAGCUUUCAAACUGGUUUACUUUCUCCAGAUGGUUCACUUAAUGAUGGUGCGACGAGUGGUACUGCGACAAUUGCACGAUCGUCUUCACAAAACUCAUUGCUGAUGCUUUUUGAAGCACAAGAUGAAGACACUUUAAUAUAG